CGGGACGAUCAAAAGGUGGACCUGUCGCAGCUGCGGGUGGCCAAGGUGACCGGCGGGGCCGCCUCCAAGCUCUCCAAGAUCCGCGUGGUGCGCAAAUCCAUCGCCAGAGUCCUGACUGUGAUCAACCAGACCCAGAAGGAGAACUUGAGGAAGUUCUAUAAGGGCAAAAAGUACAAGCCCCUGGACCUGCGGCCGAAGAAGACCCGUGCCAUGCGGCGCCGGCUGAACAAGCAUGAGGAGAACCUGAAGACCAAGAAACAGCAGCGAAAAGAACGUUUGUACCCUGCCCGGAAAUACGCCCUCAAGGCAUAAACCUGCCGGGUACCCAGGGGCCCUCCUGGUGCUGGCUGAGUAUGUCUCAUUAAAUGGAAUCCUGUUUGGAA